AUGUCCCGCAGAAACGCCAUCGUGGCCAUCAUCGUCUGUCUCCUCGCAGCUAUCGCCAUUUUCACCGUUUUCCACAGAAGAAUCAUCCACUUCAUCGCGCAGUGGAUGGCCGACGCGAAGAACGCCGAAACCACCGUGAAGAAGUCCAAAAAGGCAGCCUCUGACGACCUCGAGGCCGCGAAGUCCGAGCCAUCUGUCGCAUCCGAGGGAAGAUCUGGAUCAAAGAAGGCCGACGACGAUAGAUGCGAUACUGUUUCAUCGGCGUCGUCAGGCCCGGAUCUUCACGUCCAAACCAUAGUCUAA